AUGAACCAGUUCUGCAAGCACUGCACGGCCCGGGGCGGAGAGGCACCCGCGGCGGCCAGAGCUAUGCAAGGAGAAGGACCCGUGGGCAUCCAGGGCAGGCUACAAGGGGGUCCACUUCACUCACAGGCCCUGAGCAUCUUCCCCAUGAAGAAGACAGCCGUGUGCAAGCCCAGCCUGCCCUUGCUUUCCGAUAAGCAACAAGAACUUGAGAAGCCACAGCCUGAAGACUGCACUGGACAUCAAUGGCUGAAGCUGGUGGCCCGGAGCCCCAGAGCGCAGCUCCCUAGCUCCACCAGAGAAGCUUUGGAUGCACUGCUGGGGCCAAGCGCCCCUCUCCAGGGCCUCGGUGAGGGUCUCCACCCUCUAGGGAGGAACAGACCCCUCCCAGCUGCAUCAGGCCUUUCGGGUGAAGUGUCUGUGAGGCCCUUGGGGACCCAGGAUGAACUGCUCAGCAGGCAGAGGGGACAGGCCAGACACAGCUUCUGCCUUGUGGCAUCUGAUGGCGGCCACUGCUGCCACGUCCCAUGA